AUGACAGCAACUGCAUUGCAAAAAAACAUUCCUAUUACUGAUAGCCUUUUCGCAAGUCUUGUUGACUUUAGUGAUCCUCAGCGAAUCGGUUUUGUUGGUGCAUUUGUCACUUACUUUCAGGCUCAGGCCAGUGAUACACGCUCAGAAAAGGAUUUACAGCUUGCUGGUCAGGCUUUGAUCAAAGGGUGCCUCUAUCAUUAUCACAAAGCUGUUAACCGAAUGAGCCGGAUUGGUGAUGCAGUUCCGCAAAAUACCAAGUCUGAGUUUCAAAAACUUUGCCGUUCCCUUCCAGAAAUCACAGAUGUGAAACAUUUUGAUGACAUAGUUUCCACUAUUCAACAACACUGGCCUCGUGUAUCCCGCUGGCUUAGCUGGUGGUUGAUGUCUGAGCAUGCUGGAAUGCUCUUUCCCUGCAAGCUAACUAUGGCUGCUGACCUGGCUGCCAAACUCCCAGCAACAACAAAUGCGGAGGAAGCCAUGCAUGCAACUAUCUACCGUGCUGUAGGGAUUAAUCACCCAUUACUCAAGGGACUCGAUGGACUUCUUGCAGUUGAAAAACUUUUCCGCAUUGAAUCACAAAAUGCCUUAUUACAUGUCAAAUCACAUUACGGAAAAUCAGGACGUGAACUUAGGAAGGAACUAUAUCAGCAGCAUGGAACUACUCAUCCUAGCCGUAAGCAUCCACGGGGUGCUGCAAAGGAGCGUCGGCGAGGCCGCCGUGAAGGAAACCCACCUUUUUGGCAAUUAAAAAAAUCUUCUUCUUCACUCAAACGUCAUCGACUUGUCCGAGCUAGCACCAAGCGCCCAAUUUCACACUCUGGUUCUGAUUCAUCAUCAUCUGAGCAUCUUCCACCAUAUCCCCACCACUCCCAUGUCAUUCCUUCCUCUGAUGAUUCAGACAAUGAACCUGCCAAAACUGCGAAUGAGUUGCAUAAGGCUCAGCAGAAAAUACAGUUGAUGUCUCCAACCAAGUUGAAUGCUCGCCCUUCUCAGCCAGACUUUGGACCUAUCAAAUCGACUACAACCUCUGAACUUCCUUCUGCUAAAUGGGACAGAAAUUCUUGUUGGUUGGAUUCAAGUAUGGAGGUCCUGUUUUGUGCUAUGGCAUUUCACAAUACUUUCAAAGAGUUUGAAAAUCUGGUUUUAACAGAAAAAACUAAAGCCACCCCUGCUCCAAUCUACUACCUGUAUCUGGCAUUCAAAUUCCGGCUAGACCAGGGUCUCAACAAAUUUCUAGCUCCCUCUCAUGGAGAAGCUUCAGAGAUUACAGAGGUUCGGAACUCAUUUCGGCAAACCUUGCAUACUAUAAAAGCUGUGAAUGGAAAAGUUGGUGAAUUCCAAAUGGCAUUUGGUUGGCUGUCAUAUCUGGUUACUGGUCUUGGCAACAAUCUUCCCCCCAAUCCUGGAUGCAUCAGCUACUUCACCCCUCAUGUUCUAGAGCUGUGGAAGUGUGUACAUGGACUCUCUGGAAUGGAGCAUUGUCGAGUUCAAAUGCAACGAAAAGGCCUUGGAUGGUCACCCUUAGCUAGCCAGUGGGACCAACAUCAGGGAAGUAUUCAGAAGUGGUUUUCAUCACUAACCCAAGUUCAACCACUCUCAGAUGUAUAUUCUACCUCUGGUUGCUGGAGAAGAGUCUAUGAGGAUGGGGCACUGGUCAAAGUCUGCUCUGGACAGUCACAACAGUCACAGUACAUCAUUGACAUACCAGUUAUUCUGAUCAUACAGCCUGAUGUGUCAGCAGGCAAGCAUUGGGACUAUCCACUCCGGCUGCUUCCUGGGUCAUUGGCAGAAGCUCGUAAAGGUGUUGUUUAUGAUCUGUUCUUGGCCCUAUUUUCCAAAGUCACAACCACUUUAUGGCCCACACAUCAGUUCCAACAACUUCUAGGGGGAUCAAGCAACCUCAUUGCAGGAAUUUCUCCUCCAUGUCCUUUGGGCUUUCAAACCCAUGCAGCAGUCUACAAGCUUAAAGGUGGUCUAGCAGGCCAAAAUAUUUUCAGGACCCGGCAGAAAUCAGCCAUUAGAAACAUCCUAAAUAUCUCCCUCGACUCUGACCCUCCAACCUUGCAUUCUCCUAAUUGGAUUGAGUGCUCUGUUGAUGACAGAUCCCACUGGAAAACACGGGAAUAUCAGCUUAGCCAGCCAAAUUUACCAAACUCUAUCAUGGAAAAUGCUUCUUUACCUCCACCUGAAGAUAUUCUGCCUGAAGGUGCUGACUUUCAAUAUGGGGAUCCAACAGAACUACCUUUCAUUCCUUCUCCAACUUCUACUUCGAUGGUUCUUGAUCCUACUGUAAAUCCCUGUACUCCAGAAUCUCAAGCCCCUGCCCUUUUCAUCCCGGAUAGUUCCAUUAGCUCUAUUGCUUCAAGCUCACCACUCCCUUCCUCACCUCACUAUAUCCACUGCAGAUGUGGAGUUGAGGCAAAUGGAUAUCGAGAGUCCAUUCAACAAGACUCUAUCCAAUGUAGCAUAUGCAGCAAGUAUACCCAUACUGCCUGUCUUACAAUGCGAUUCUAUGACAAAUCUGCUGAGGAGUUCCUCUGUCAUGAGUGUGAUGUACAGCAAGAAUAUGACAACUUCAGUCAAUUCAGACAUACACUGCCCUAUUUGCGUAAACAAAAAUUAAACACUGUCAAAAAUCGACUUUUCCCAGGGAAGGGUAUACUAGUCCGAUGUGGAAAUGUCUACUAUUAUCCAGGACGCUUGAUUCAUUGGGAUUCUGAUCUGGAGAUUGGGAUUGUACAGUUGUGGCGGGGUAUCAAAAGUAGUUUGGCUAAUCAGAUUUUGAAGAAUAUUCCACUAAGAAAUAUUGUGGAUGGCUUGUGGCAGGAUCAAGUAGGCCGUCGACAAAUACAGAUUGGGCUAUAUACACGACCCCUUGAGGAGAAACUAAACCAACAGGAGGAUGCUGAUAAUAUGCUUCUGGAUCCCUUUUCAGUCAAAUGUACCAAGGAGGUGUUUGAGGCUCUUCAUUCUCACCAAAAACUCCUAGGUGAAUUGGCCAUAGCACCUGAGGAUUUUUCAGCAGAAACUGUCCCUUGCUUAUCUUGGAAACCUGAUCCAAAAAUUCAAAUCAACCCAACAGUUUAUAAUGGUGGUCUCCUUGACACAGAUCUGGCAGCAAUUCAUAACUGGAUAUUUGUUAAACUUCCGCAACCUGCGGAAAUGGAGCGCCUGGAUAUGCUUCACUAUACCACUGCUCAUGCUCGCACCCUGCUACUUGCUUAUCGACACCGGGAAGAAUUUCUCAAUAAUGCCCCUGACAAUUUGGCUGAUGUGGACCAGUAUAUUGUUCAUCAAGCAUGGAACAGAUUGGUUGCAUGGACAGGUCUUUCUGUGGAUGGAAAAUCCAAAAGAUCAAAAGGAGCUGAUGUCAAUUAUGAGGCAGUUAGUUUAUUGGAUAAAAUUAUGUUUGAUGAAUCCAGUAGGGCAGGAGUUGCAGGUAAUCAUCAAUGGGGCUUAGAUGUUGGACCACAUGAGAUGGGUUGGAAUCCACAGUUUACUGGCCCUAAUGUAACUGUAGGAAAGAGGAGAGAGGGAAAUGAUGAUGAAGAAGUAUUGAAAGGGAAAGGAUAUAAUCAUGAAGCUGAAGAGGUGGAAAGAAAGAAAGCAAAGCUUACUGAACCAUCACACAAACAGCAGAAGAGAAAAGCAAAAGACAGCAAUAUGGUCAAGGCAGUUAAGAAGAGGAAGAAGCAGUAG